GGCAAACUAGUUCUCUAUAAACGAUCCGCAGAGAGAACAAAAGCAACCUCAGAUUUAUCGCCCUCUCUCUUUCUUCUCCGCUCUACUGACUGGUCUGGUUAACCUGGAAAACCAACUCAGUGAGUCAACUCGCACGAACUCCAAUCAUGGGUGCAGGAAACGGCGAUAUAAGAUAUGAGAUUUCCCAAAACGCUUAUAUAAAACUAGUCCUCCACGCACUCAAUCAUAAGACCAAGGCCGUUAAUGGCGUCCUUCUCGGCCGUCUCAACCCUCAAAACGACGCCGUCCUCGAGAUCGUCGAUUCUGUCCCUCUCUUCCACUCCAACCUCGCUCUCCUCCCUCCUCUCGAGAUCUCUCUCAUCAUGGUGGAGGAGCAUUAUGCUUCUCAGGGUCUAGGGAUUGUGGGUUACUUUCAUGCUAAUGAGAGAUUUGAUGAUGUUGAACUCGGCAACGUGGCGAAGAAUAUCGGCGAUCAUAUUUAUCGCUACUUCCCCCAAGCUCCCAUUCUCUUGUUAGAUCAUAAAAAGCUUGAAGCUUUACCCAAGGGGAAAGACCGGAGCCCCGUAAUGCAGUCAUCACAACCAUGGAAGCAAGAUUUUCUUCUGAAUCGGAUGGGUCUGUAACGAGUUGUUAGGGACCUUGGACAUUAAGUGAGAAGAGGUGAGAGGCAAAUGCGAGGAUAGAUAGAGUCCAGAAUGGAAGAAAAGAAGAAGAAGAAGAAGAAGAAGAGAGAAUUGAGAGAGAAAUUAAGGUAGUCGAUAGACUAUUCUUUCAAUAAUUGCAUUAAAAUAUUCUUGAUUGCCCAUACAUUCCUCACUGUGUAACUAAUAUCACUAUUCAUGCUUAAAGAAAUGCUGACUAUGCUGCAAUGUAACUGAUAACUAACAAACUCAUCGGGAUAACCGGUAGAAUAGCAAA